AGUCUGUUCAUCCGCCGUUCUUCGCCCGAGCUCUGGUUCUUGCGGGUUCGUCUCCAUCGACGGGGGUGGAAGGUCCUUCGCCGAUUCUUUCCCCGAGUCUGUUCCUCCGCCCUUCUUCGCCCGAGCUCUGGUUCUUCUAGGUUCAUCUCCAUCAAUGGCGGCGGAAGCUUCGGAACAUUUCUCUUACUCCAUAUAGCGAUGGUUUAGCAAUUAUUCCAGCAGUAGUGGAGGCAGUUAUUGCAGUGGUUGAUAAUCUGCCAGUAGCUCAUUUAGAACCUCUUGAUGAAGCCGUUGUUUACAAAUUCAAUAUGAGUUUCUGGAAGAUAUUGGCAAUCAACAUGACAUUAUGGACCUUGCUGAUUCACAAUUUGACGUUGACAGUCUUGGUUCUUACACCAUUGAACCUGAGGACAUGUCUCGUUCUCCGCAAGCAUCCGCUGAUUCAAUUUACAGUAGGCCUGCUUAUGCUGGUUUAGAACAAGCUAUAAUUGAAUAUGGUGACAACUCUAUUGAAGUGACAACAAGUGAAGGAGUUAAUGAGUUUGGCGAUGGUUUACUCAACAUAGCUAUCUCUUAUGCUGACCUCUCGGAUAGAUAUUCAGCAGAAGAUGUAGCUGAAGGAUUUGUAACAAAUAGUUUGUCCGAAACUAAUCUUUUAUCCCGUCAAGAAAAUCCCAUUAAUGAAAUUAGUGAUGGAAUAGGAAUUCCUAUGUCUUACGACCAUUGUCCUGUGAUCAAGGACCGGCUGCAGGAAACCGUUCAUGGCAAGAAGAUGUUCAAAAAAGGAAACCGUUCAUGCCAAGGAUCUGUUCUUGCUAAGAAUCCAUUCAUGCCAAGAACCUGUUCAUGGUACGAUUUUGUCCAUGGUAAAAUCCAUGAACGGAAUGCCACUAUCAUGGGUGUUUCAAAUUCAACAUACGCAAUUUCAGAUAUUUCACAUCCAUGACAAGUACAGGAACUCAAAAUUUGGCAAUGAAAGAAGAGGCACAGACAAUUGGCAAGAAAAGCUUCGGAAAUAACCUUUUUCAAGUGUUAAACAAGAAUUCAGUGUACCAGCUGACAAAAAAACUUUACCUACAUUUUCCAUUGCUAUAUGUCUAGACUUGAAGAAUUCAUUCUUGUAUGUCUAGACUUGAAGAAUUCAUGCAUG